CUUUUCUGACACACCUCUCCCUGAUACUUCAUUCACUGCUGAAGAAGCCCAGAACACAAAGGAGAAGCCAUGAGGAACACACUGCUGAAGAUGCUGGCCGCCCUGAUGUGUGCAAUGGCUGCCUGUGCCGAUGUCACGCCUGUAGCAGACUUCGACCUGCAGAAGAUGGCAGGUAAGUGGUUCAUGGUUGGCUUUGCCACCAACGCCCAGUGGUUUGUGAACCACAAGGCAGGGAUGAAGAUGGGCACUGCUGUAUUAACUCCAACUGACGGAGGAGACCUGGACCUUUCUUAUGCCAACCUGAAUGCUGAUGGUUCCUGCUGGAGAAUGACUCACCUUGCAAAGAAAACAGAGACUCCUGGACAAUUCACCUUCCACAGUCAGGUUUGGAACAAUGAUAACGACAUGCGCAUCAUCGACGUUGUGUACGAUGAGUAUGCUCUGGUACACACUAUCAAGACAAAGGACGGAGUGUCUGAGGUCCUCAACAAGCUUUACAGUCGCUCCACUGAGGCCAGUCCCGAACUGCAGCAGAAGUUCACACAGUUUGCCCUGCAAACUGGCAUCCUCGCUGAUAACAUUGCCAUCCUGCCUAAGAAUGCUGAGUGUCCCGCGGUGUGAAGAGUCCCCUGCUGUCCCUCAUCUCUCGCGCUCUUAACUCCCAGCCUUUCAUCACAGUGGAGUCUUGUUUCCCCCUCACUGUGAUGUCUGCGUCGACACAAAGCCACACCUAAGACAACGAAACUUUUCGCACGAUUCCUUGCUUCCUACCAAAGAUCCAAAUCCUCGACCCCUCCAGCUCACGCAAUAACUGUGGCACCGAGUGGAACGAUAAAGGGCUGAUGGUGAAACAAAGGGAAGAAACACAUGAGACUGUGAAAGCUGUUGGUUUACCUUUUUGGACAAGUGUGCCUUUUGUAACUGCUGAUUUUCUUUUGUAGUGUUUUAUUUUUUGUUGAAAUAAAGCCAUUAAAAAUGUUAAAUGAA